CCCUCAUCUGUGCUGUGUAAUCUCUUUAAGAAGUCUCUGUCCCGGGGCAAAUCAGAUUAGAUUUAGGGCUGUUUACUAUAACACUCCAACAGCAACCACCAACAGAUCCUCUGCAAUACUGAAUAAUGAAUUUGCACGAUUAACAUGCUCUGCCUGGAAUAUGGAAACCAUCUACUACAGAAUCUGUGUGACAUAGAAAUGCAUGUGUGUGUCCUGAAAGACAAUGUUUGUGUUUGUUGCUUGUGUGAAAGCGUGUGUGUAGAAGAGUCAGCAGGUGCCUGGUAGCUCCUUCCUCUGACCUUGGCUACAGAGAGAUGGGGAGAGAAAGAGGACAGAGUGUGUGUGUGUGUGUGAGUGUGUGCUGUGUGUGUGAAGCAGUGGAGCUAAUUCCUGCACUGCAGCUGUGUAUAUGAAACCAGAGUUAAUGUGGCACCAACAGCUCUAGAUCCACUUGGGAACUUGCCAGAGAAAAACAGAGCGAGAGACGAGGAAGGAAAAUCAUGUCAGCAACGUGAACACACCGCAGAGAAGCAGCACGAUGUCCUGUGUCUGGUGCAUUCUGGAGGUGAGCUGACUCCUGUGCGGGUCAAUGCGGGUCGUGUGAAGAGCUAAUAUGUGGGUCGGCCAGUCUGAGUCGUGCCAGGCACACGCGCUGUUCGAUGCCUUCGUGCAGGCAGCCACGUGCAGGGAGACCCUCAGGGCCUUCCAGGAGCUGUGUAAAGAGCUGAAGCUGCAUCCAGGCGGUCAGCCGCAGUUCUACCACACUCUGAGGAGCAGACUGCACGACUGGAAGGCCAAAGCACUAUGGGCCAAACUGGAUAAAAGAGCCAGCCAGAGAGAGUACAUGAGAGGCCAUGCUUGCACCAGCACCACGUGUCUGAUCAUAGGUGCAGGUCCGUGUGGAUUGCGGACGGCUAUAGAGUUGCGAUUUCUGGGCGCCAGGGUGGUUCUGGUGGAAAAGCGAGAUGCUUUCUCACGGAACAAUGUUCUUCAUCUUUGGCCCUUCACCAUCCAGGACCUCCGUGGUUUAGGGGCCAAAAAGUUCUAUGGGAAGUUCUGUGCUGGAGCCAUAGACCAUAUUAGUAUUCGUCAGCUGCAGCUGAUGCUUUUGAAGGUGGCCUUGUUAUUGGGAGUUGAGGUUCAUGUGAAUGUGGAGUUCAAACAUCUAGUGGAACCUCCAGAGGACCAGAAGAAACGUGUUGGUUGGCGAGCAGAGGUCCAUCCCAGCUCACAUCCAGUCAAUCAGCUGGAGUUUGAUGUGGUUAUUGGGGCAGAUGGUAGAAGAAACACUUUACCAGGGUUUCGCAGGAAAGAGUUUCGGGGGAAACUGGCCAUUGCCAUCACGGCGAAUUUCAUCAAUCGCAACACCACUGCCGAAGCUAAAGUGGAGGAGAUCAGCGGUGUCGCCUUCAUCUUCAACCAGAGGUUUUUCCAGGAUCUUCGGCAGGCUACCGGAAUUGAUCUGGAGAAUAUAGUAUAUUACAAAGACGACACUCACUACUUUGUAAUGACCGCCAAAAAGCAAAGUCUUCUGGACAAAGGAGUCAUUCUGCGCGAUUACGCUGACACUGAAAUGCUGCUCUCCAGGAACAAUGUGGACCAGAAUGCACUGCUCUCGUAUGCUCACGAAGCUGCUGAUUUCUCCACCAAUCAUCAGCUCCCCACGCUGGACUUUGCCAUCAACCACUAUGGGCAGGCAGAUGUGGCCAUGUUUGACUUUACCUGCAUGUAUGCCUCUGAGAACGCAGCGAUGGUGCGUCAGCGCAGGGGACACCCUCUGCUGGUCGCUCUGGUGGGUGAUAGUUUACUAGAGCCAUUCUGGCCAAUGGGAACAGGAAUUGCUCGGGGCUUCCUGGCAGCCACGGACACGGCCUGGAUGGUUCGUAGCUGGGGUCAAGGCAACACCCCUUCAGAGGUUCUGGCUGAGAGAGAGAGUGUAUAUCGGUUGCUUCCUCAGACAACACCAGAAAACGUCAGUAAAAACUACAACCAGUACAGCGUGGAUCCUGCUACCCGCUACCCCAACAUCAACAUGCAGCUCAUCAGCGCUGCUCAGGUGCGUCAUCUCAUAGACACAGGUGAGGGUCCGGUUUUAAAUCUUGAUGCGGUCAGCUCUCCACACCCUAGACUCACACGGCAAGGUGUGUGUUACUUUAUACACACCAUCUACCACUUAUACAGUCAUACACAAUCUAACAUGCUGUCUGUGUGUGUAGAGUCAAUGGCUCGUUACAGUAAGCUUCUGAGCUGGUGUCAGGAGCAGACGCAUGGUUACAUGAACGUAUGUGUGACAGACUUCACAACUUCCUGGAGGAGCGGCCUGGCCUUGUGCGCUCUCAUACACAGAUUCAGACCUGACCUCAUUAAUUUUGCAUCUCUGGAGGAGAGUGAACCGGAGCUCAAUGGUCAGCUGGGUUUGGACAUGGCGGAGCUGGAAUUUGGUAUUUGUCCUAUUAUGACCGGCAAGGAGAUGAGCGCACUGGAAGAGAGUGACUCUCUCUGCAUGGUCAUGUACCUCAGCCAACUUUACGAGCUCCUCAAAGACACAGCGCCAGCUAGUGGAAACCUGAGCUCAGAAGGGAAAGUAGGUCCGUUCUCUAGCCCGAAGUCACCAAUCUCACUGCUCAGCAAACUGGGACAGAGUCUGUCCCGCAAACGCAAUCCCAAGGAUAAGAAAGAGAAGGAAGCAGAUAGUGUUGGAACUGGAAAGAGGAGGAGAACAAGCCAGACUGGCCAGUCAGAAGAGGAUGAUGUUCCUCAUGACAGCAAAGAAAAUAAAACUUCAGGAGUGACUCCGGGGUCAGAACCGAAGGUCGCUGAGGGUCAAGGCAUGGUUCGGUCCAUGACGACUCUACUGCUGGCUAAAUUUGAGGAAAACACACCACUGGCCUCAGCUAGUACAAUUCGCAGACAGAGCUACGUUCAGAUGUAUACGGGCGGAGUGAGCUCAUUGGCUCAGCAGAUAUCCAAUCAGAUUCAGAGUCAACAGGAUCAAUCUCCCAAGCUCCUUCACAGGAGGGAGUUGGGUUCUCAAAAGGAGUUUCCUGUGAAUAUGGGCAGCAGUGAUGUGUGUUAUUUCUGCGGCCGUCGCGUUUAUGUCAUGGAAAGGCUGAGCGCAGAGGGAAAGUUCUUCCAUAGGAGCUGCUUCCAGUGUGAUCACUGCAGCACCACGUUACGCUUGUCCAACUACGCUUACGACCAGCUACAUGGAAGGUUUUACUGUAAGCACCACUUCAGCUACAGAAUGACUAGCGUGGAUCAGAGAAAGAGACCAGCCCCACCUGCGGCCCCUCGAUCUACUCAGGCUCUCCCUGCUCCUUCCUCGGCUUCUACGUCUUUGUCCUCUCUAGGGUCAGUGGGCACAGCCACCCCACCAGACUCUUGGUCCUCCAGCGCCCAACCAGACAUAGUAUCUAGCCUGGCCAAGAGACUGUGUGGUACCCCAGAACGCAUUGAGCUGGAGAACUACAAACCCUGCCCAAAACAACAGGACAGCCCACUGCUGGAGGUCCCAGAGGAGACGCUUGCACAGCACAACCUCAGUUCUAGCCUGCAGGAGAAAAACACAGAGGAGCAGUCCAGUAGCUCUGAGUCAGACCUAGAGGAGGAGGUUGUCUGGAAGGAGGAGGGGCCAAACAUCAGGACCAAUGAAGAGAGAGCGUUUGACCUGGAGGAGGAGCUAAAAGAGGAAGAGGGAGGAGAGAACCAGGAAAAACAAGAGGAGGAGGAGGAGGAGGCCGAAGAUGAGGAGGAGGAGGAGGAGGAGGAGGAAGAAGGAGAAGUUUCCGAAGAAGAACAAGACGAGGGAGUUUCUAGUGAUGAGGGUGAGUACUGCCCUUGGGAGAGGGAACGGCUCUCAGGGGUGUGGCUUGAGGAAGAGGAGGCGGGGUUUGUUAAAGAGUCUUAUGAAGGAUACAGUGAUGACAAAGAUAUAGACACCAGUUCAGUCAGAGAGUCCAAUCCAUGUGACCAACAGGAACAAGACGAAUCUGUUUCAUUGCACCAGUCUUCUACUGAGUCCCCGCCCUCCUUGAAACCACCAGAAUCAGGUCCCACACCCACACCUGAGCUAUCAACGAAUCCAGAGAACCCACCUGUCAAGAGGUCAGAGGUUGUAGAAGAGUUCUGGCUGAGGAGUGCCGAGAUCAGGAAGAGUUUAGGCCUGACUCCUCUGUCUAGAGAAUGCGACCCCAAACAUACAGCAGCCCAAACAUCUAACAUUAAAGAAAGCUUCUACACCUCAGUCGCCUACAUAACGUCCUGCAAAAGCAAUUCUGCCAAACAAACACCAAGAAACUGUGACUCCAGCACACAAACUCCAUCUCAAAGUACAUUCCUGCCUGAACCAUCUCACACUAUGGACGGCGAUGCAGGCAUCACAUUAGAAGAGCCGAUAGGCCGCUCUUCUGUAAUCCACAGACUAAGCAUCACUGUAGAAGGUUGUGUGAUGGGAGACAAGCAGGAUUUGGAUAUCAGUUCCACCUCAUUUGGAAAUGAAAGCAUUUUAAAUCCAGACACAGGUCUUCCUACUCCUCCCUACAGCCCAUCUAGUUCCCCUCUUGUCAACAAGCAAUGUCGCGCCCUUCACCAAUCUGAACCGAUACUGGACCGAGAGGUUAUGGUCUUCUCAUCAACCAGCGCUACUCCUAUUCCACAGCGGGAUGGUUUUAAACCCAAGCUCAAUCAAGCUUGGAGUCUUCCUCCGGAUGAAAUUGAGAUCCUGUGUGGAGACGAGGCGGAAGGGGCUUCCAGACUGCCAGAAAGAUCCGGUGUCACGGAGAACGUAUGCCAGAUGGACAACCGUAGGCUGGAGCACAGGAGGACGCUUCCAGACCGGUUGGUUGCCCCAACGGACAAUGGCUUGGAGGAGAAGGAGAAAAAGCGCAGCUCGUUGUUCUUGCCCCGUAAAAGCAGGAAGAGUAUGAAUGCAGCGGCUGAGGCCCAGCAGAAGCCAGGAAAGCACAAGUCCCUCUGGAAGACUGUUUUCUCAAAGUAUAAGAAGGACAAGAAGAGGAAGGAGGCUACGAUGGUGGCAGAAACUCUACCUGCCGCAACUAACACCGAGACAAAGCGGAAGGUGUCAGGAAUGAACAGAACAUCAGACCUGUGUUUCCGGAAAAAUCCGAGUUUCUCUCAAGACACAGACUUGUCUUGCCAUGCUCUUCUAGAAAGAUGUCCACUCAGAGCUCAGAGAGCAGAAACGGAGGAGGAACUCAACGCCAAGCUGACACGGCGAGUGCAGAGAGCAGCGCGCAGACAGGCCAAGCAGGAGGAGCUGCGGAGGCUGCACAGGGCACAGUUAAUCCAGCGUCAGUUGGAGCAAGUGGAGGUCAAGCAGAGGCAGCUGGAGGAGAAGGGUGUAGCUGUGGAGAAAGCACUCAGAGGCGAAGCAGACUUCUGGGGAGACUCGAGUACAUCUAACCUUUUGGAUGUACAUCUGGGUGUCGAGCCCUUUCUAGGUUCCCCUCGUAGAAGGCCUGUCUAUCUCUGUCCUUGCUGUUCCUCAGAAGCCAAAGCUAAAGGGACAGAACACGAUCAUUCAGUUUAUAUCUGUACAGUCUUUUUUCUUUAUGUAGUGCAAGAACCUCCACUUCACCAGCUAAGAAUGGGAAAGAAAGAUGACCCUAGUUUAAUGCACCAGUGGUUUAAGCUGGUGCAGGAGAAGAAUGCCCUUGUGCGCUAUGAAUCUGAGCUCAUGAUAUUUGCACGUGAGCUGGAGCUGGAGGACAGGCAGAGUCGACUACAGCAGGAGCUGAGAGAGCGCAUGGCGGUGGACGACGAUCUGAAGGGGGAGGAUGAGCUGGCGGAGGAGAGGCGUAUAUUGAGUGAGAUGCUGGAUGUGGUGGAGCAGAGAGAUGCGCUGGUGGCCUUGCUGGAGGAGCAGCGAGUGAGAGAAAAAGAGGAGGACGGUGACCUGGAGGCCGUCAUGCUUUCUAAGGGUUUCAGUCUGCAAUGGGACUGACUUGCACGUGCACAAAUCUCAUCAUACUGCUUGAAGGGCUGCUCUGUGUCUGUUUGCACAACCAAAAUGCACAGCUGCUGUUUUCAUCAGUCUGAACCGGCCCGUCCACAUGCACUCUGGGCUGUAUGUGAAACUACAUAGCUGUCUAAAUAAUGAAUCCCAGGAUUCGGCAAGAGACUGCAGGCUCUGAUUAGAAUGAAUGGCAAUGUCUUGCUGCCAAAUAAUGCUAUUCUAAGACUGCUACGCUAAUAUGCAAAAGAACAUCUUUUUGUUUGCUCUCUUUGUUGAUAAAGUUAAGGUACAUCUGCAGUGUUAUCCAGAUCCAGCGCGUUUAGGCUUAACAGAAAUUAAUGUAGAAUGGCAUAUAUAACCACAUUGUCAAUUUACAGUAGAGAUUGGAGCAUGUAAACUUAAAUAUACAAAAAAAAGGCUUCUUAGUGUAUGAUUGAAAAAAAAAUUGGACCUGAUUUAGGGCAACAGUUUCUGUUGUUUAACCUGUAUAAGUCAACUUCACACAUAGUUGUCCAUUCUCAAUAUAUUCACAUUCAUUUACUGGAUUAAAUGUCUUUUUUUAUUUUUUAUUAUCUUGCACAGAAUUUGUUUUACAUUUUGUUGUCGCUAUAUUUAUUCUGUAAAACUUACUUUCAUUAAACAACCUUUCU